CUGGUUCGAACACUACACCGUUGAUGGUGGGGAAAUAUAACGGAAAUGUGAGGAAACCGUGGAUCAUGUCUCACAGUAUCAGGUGGAGAGAAGCCCACUGACCCACUGACCCAGAACCUGAAGGUUAGCGGGCCUUGUUCCAGUUUGUAAAAGAGGGUAAAAUGUUUGGGAGGACGGAGGGUUUUGUAGAGGUCGUUCCGGUCCACACCGGCUGGUGGCGGUAAUGCACCGUUUUGUUGUUUGCCAACCGCCAACAACAUUUAGAAGAAGACGAAUCGCUGCUCGCUGUCAGAGCAGGCUGCUGCUUCACUCGCUCCAACAAGCACCGAACCUGCACACGGUGACCGCGCGCUUUGCAACCGAGCCAAACCGAACCGAGCCGAGCGCAACAUGAACGAGUCGGCGGGACUGCGCUUCCGGCGGCUGCACCGCCCGCAGGUGAUCACUGACGAGCUGCCGGAGCAGCGGCGCAAAGGGUCCAGCACCUACAGCGGGAAGAUCUUCCGGGUCACGCUGCUUUCUCUGGGCGUCCUCCUGCUUCUUCCUCUCCUGGUCAUCAUCCUCAUCCUCGAGUCUCCCAUCAAGCCUGAAGUCUUCACGCUGAAAGAACCGCCCAUGAUGAAGGCCUGCUGGGAGCCCAACCUGAAGCUCAGAGAAGCUCAGAGACUGUUUGAGGACCAGCUCGUCGGCCCCGAGUCCAUCGCCAACAUCGGAGAUGUUCUGUUCUCGGGAACAGCUGACGGGAAAAUCGUGAAGCUGGUCGGUCGGAGGAUCCACAUGGUGACGAGACUCGGGAAGCUGCCGUGUGCAGGUUCCAGAGAGGACGAGCCCAACUGCGGGAGGCCGCUGGGGAUCAGAGUCGGACCCAACGGGACGCUGUUUGUAGCCGAUGCCUACCUGGGUCUGUUCGAGGUCAACCCCACCACUGGUGAGGCGACCAGGUUGGUGAACGGUGGCCAGGUCGUCGCAGGGAGGAAGCUGUCAUUUAUUAACGACGUGGCGGUGACGCAAGAUGGAAAGAAGGUGUACUUCACCGACUCCAGCAGCAGGUGGCAGCGGAGAGACUACAUGCACCUCAUCAUGGAGGCCACGCCCGACGGCCGCGUCCUCGAGUACAACACCGAGACCAAGGAGCUGACGGUGGUGAUGGAGGACAUGCGAUUCCCAAAUGGCAUCCAACUGCUGCCGGACGAGGAGUCGGUGCUGGUGGCGGAGACCACCAUGGCCCGGAUCCGCAGGGUCCACGUGGCCGGGCUGAAUAAAGGCGGGAUGGACACGUUCGUGGACAACCUGCCGGGUUUCCCUGACAACAUCCGCCCGAGCUCCACCGGAGGUUACUGGGUGGCCAUGUCGGCGGUGAGACCGAACCCUGGCUUCUCAAUGCUGGACUUCCUGUCCCAGAGACCCUGGAUCAAAAAGUUCAUAUUCAAGCUCUUCAGCCAGGAUAUCCUGAUGAAGUUUGUUCCCCGGUACAGUUUGGUUGCAGAGCUCCACGACGGUGGCGUGUGCACGCGGAGCUUCCACGACCCCAACGGCCUGGUUGCAGCCUACAUCAGCGAGGUCCACGAGCAUGAUGGGAAUCUGUACCUGGGCUCCUUCCGCUCGCCGUACAUCGCCAAACUCGACCUCAGCAAGGUGUAGAAGAUUCAAAAAGACGACACGCAGACAGACAUUUUUGUGACUUUGAGAUGUUAACACGGCGUUAACCCAUCUCUGCCGGCUCGUUCCGCAAAUUCAAGUUCCAGCCUUGGAAAUAUCCCGAGAAUGACUUCACCCAGCGCCACCUACAGGCUGUCCCAGGAAUUGGGCGGCAUUCCCAUUUGUGGCUAAUCUCUGUUGAUUUUUCCUUUUAAGAUUCAUGCAGCUUUAGAUUUAUCACCGUUUUUGAUCAUUUCUUCCCUUUUCGACGGUAUUUUGUUUGACUGCUAUGUUUAGACUUUUUAUUCAGAACAAAAGUGUCCAGAGAAACGAGGUUUGUGUUUUUGUGUUUGUGCUUUUGUCGUUUCUUCACUGAAAACCACUGCGACUACAGCGUUCACCUGCGAGCUAACUAAAGCAUACGUUACCUAAUGGAUUUAAGCUAGCAAGUUCGCUCGUGGCCUAGUUUUUUUUUUAAAAUUGUACUCUUAGGGGCGGAGUUUGUUCCCUUCAGUCAUAGUGCAGGCUUACAGAUGCUUUGAUUAGCAGUUAGCCUGAGCUAACCUAGCUGCCUCUGACUAACUUUCUUUACACAGAAGAAGAGCGGUUACUCACGGUGAUGAUCAACCUCCUGCUAACGCUGAUGUCAGAUUACAGGCUGCUUGAGUAACUGCUUCGCCCUCUCGGGACGAUUUAAUGUGUUUUGAUUGGCUAUUGUCUGCACUACUGCGCUUGCACUUUUUUUUUUAUUUUAUUUUUUUUUUUAUAAAUCUCACACACGUUGGGAUGUGAUUGUGGGUGUGUCUUUAGUGACAACCAACCAGUCACGAGAGAGGCUAACACACCCUACCUGUAACUGUGCUUACGUACUUCAGGCUACAGUGAUUGAUGUCACAUUACAGACUGUUUAACCAAUCAUCUUGCCCCUCCCAGGAUUUCUUUGUAAUUUCUUUGUGAUUCGAUUGGCCAACAGCACUGAAAUAUUUAUACAAUAGCAGUUUGAUGGGCUAGCGUCUGAAUGGGUUAGCUUGGGUGCUUUGGCAGGAUUCAGGCGUUGCUUUAGGGUUAGAUUGAUAGAUGGAUAGGGGAGAUCUUUUGUGACAAUACUAAUGUAGGGAUUACCUGGCAACUGCUGGUCGCUAAGGAAAAAUGUGUUCUCCCAGCAGGUUGCUGGUAGUCACAAGUGUGAAGUUGGUCGCUCCAGUUUCCCAUAGUGGAAGAUGCUGACUUGGCUGCAGAUGUUAGCUAGCUAACCAGCGAACACUGAUGAAAUUAAAAAGCGCAGCACAAACUGGAAACAGUGAUGGCUCCUCUUCAAAAUAAAAGCUGUCUCUAUCCACAGAAACUAACAAAAUAAGCACCUUUUACUUUGAAGGCACCGUUGCUUAGCGACAUGUUUGAAAGUCUCCACAGAGGACUCCUCUGUUAGCGUCUAAAUCGAUCACAAAGACGUUUUGAGCGGCUUCCUCUGUGAGUCCCGAUUUCACGCCGGUGACUGUCGGUGACCUCCUGCUGCCACUCGCCCAUCAGCUGGGAGCGCACACGUUUUUCUAGCGACCAAGCUUCAGACCUGUGGCACCGAAGCUACGUCCACACUGGAAGCAACAUGGCGACUUCAAGCCUUUCUUUUCACAACUUCCAGACAGGUGACUGAAAUGUCGUCCAAUGAGAGCGCAGGAUACCACUGAUGAACACGGGUAUGGCCUGUUUGUAGAGUUACCUGGGUAACCAGAACCGGGUGCGAUCAGCUGUCACGAAACGUGGCGAGCAAAUUGCUUCUGUUGUGGACGCAGCUGGAUGUCCUCGCUGAUCACCUCCCUCACACUGAUGUCUGUUGGACGUCGCGAAGCGUGGACUCACAUUCUUUGUGUCAUCUGAGCGAGUCUGAGCUGUUAUGAGGAGCUGUCCUCCUGCUCCUCUGGUCGUCCUCCUCCUCCUCAUCUCCUCCUCCUCC